UUACUCCCUCCCUCUCGAAAUAUCUCGAUCAAUCUCUUCCGUUUCCAACCUAACUUGCUUUUGUUUUUGUCUUCUUUACGAACAGUCAAACGUUAAACCUCAGCUCGAAUGAGUCUUUGUUGUUUGUCAUCAUAGUUUUUCACGAAUAACUUGAGUACCUCAUCGGCUUCUUUGUAAUUCUUGGAGCUUAAUUGCUUAAUUAAUUGUUUCGUACGAGGAAAUGGAGAUGGAGAUGAAUCUCACACUAAGUCGGAGAGUUCUGCAAGUAAACGACCACGAUUCUUUCUCGCCGGCCACCGGGAAUUCCAAAGAGCAAGCUACCGGAUUCAACAAACCCACCUCGGCUUUUGACUCCUCCCUGGCGCUAACGGUUCUCGUUAUGCUCACGGCUCUCUUCUUCAUGGGCUUCUUUUCCAUCUACAUCCGCCACUUCACCUCCGCCGCCGACGGCGGCGGCGGCGGCGGGGAAGCGGAGGACGAAUUGCGACAAAGACACCCAUCUCAGCCGUCGACGUUGAGGUGCCACGCAGGCAAAAAGGGUCUUGACCCCGCCGCCAUCCGGGCGCUGCCGGCGGUUUCGUACGGCGGGGCGGCGGAGCACCUGAUGGAGGAAUGCCCGAUUUGUUUGUCGGAGUUCGAGUUGAAGGAAACCCUGAAAAUUAUCCCCUGCUGCGGCCACGUGUUUCACUUCAAGUGCAUUGACACGUGGCUCUCCUCCCACGUGUCCUGCCCGCUCUGUCGGUCCACGCAGUUUUUCAACAACGUUCACGAUGUCCGGUUGGAUGUAUCGCCGGAAGUUAAUCACGACGGUGAGCGACGGAUCAACGGCUAACGACGACCGUUUUGCUCCACGUGGCGAUUUAUUUGUAUAUAUACUACUUGUAAUUUGUAAAGUACGAAGAUUAACAAAAAUUAAUUUCUUA